AAAUAAACCAUAAACCAGCUCAAACUUUUGUAUUUAUAGAUCAUUCCUCAGUCGUGUCUCCUCCUCGUCACCAGGAGGCGCUGUCACUUCCAUCUCCUCAGACUCUUGGACAAAGCGGAAGUUUACGGGGAUUUUAUUAUUUUUUUCCUUCAUGUGAUCGUCCCGGAGCCGAACGCGAACGACUCUUUUUGUGAAACAUGAACGGGAGCCAGAGGAGCCGCGCCCUGAGAGCUCUGGUGUCGGAGAGACUCUCUGCGGCCGCGGACGAGAUCUUUGCUCUGGUGGAGACGACGAUAGCGGAAUAUGAAGAAGAACUGCGCCGCUCCAAAGAGGAGAACCAGAGGAACCUGCAGCUCCUGGACUCGACUCUGCGCGCCUACAAACUCACAGCAGGUGUUCCCAUUGAAGCGCUGAGUCCUGAAGAAACGGAGGAGCAGAAACCUGAACCUGUGACGAUUAAAGAAGAGCCAGAAGAGCCGGAGCAGCCGGAGGAGCCGGAAGAGCCAGAGGACACAUGCUUCCUCCAGCCCGCGCUCCUGAAGACCGAGGAUCUCCAGCAGACUCCGGUCAAACAUGAAGCUCAGGGAGACGAGACACGAGACGCGCCGCACGGGACGUUUCUACUCAACAAGUCGACGGAACGCUGCAAAGUCUGGACCAAACUGUGGGAACCUCCCGCUCAGGUGGAGAUGGAGACAGAGUUGGAGGUCGAUCGCGGAGAACAACACCACCAGAGGAACCGACACGCAAGUCCGACGGCGGAAUACACGUGUGGAGGCGGCAUGGAGGGACGAGGAGAAGGAGCAGAGAGCAGAGCCACGAUCAGAGAAGGACAGAUCAAACACAUAAUUCCAGCAGUUUAUAACUCCUCAGAGAACAGUUUGUGUUUGAGCAGCGGUAAAACCCACGCGUGCUCCUUCUGCGAAAAGAGGUUCUCGACCAAUCAGAGUUUACAGAUCCACAUACGAGUCCACACAGGGGAGAGACCUUACAGCUGUCCCGUCUGCGAGAAGUGCUUCACGCAAAAGGCUCACCUCAAGACGCACAUCAGGACGCACACCAAAGAGAAACCCUACAGCUGUUCGGUCUGCCUCAGGUCGUUUAUGCACAAAGUGUCUCUGAAUCUGCACAUGGAGAAGACUCACCCGGAGCACGUGGGCUGAGAGCUGCUCACUGGGGUUUUAAAGAGAAACUGACUCCUGUGAGAUUUAAGACGUGUUUCUAAUGUUUUUACUUCAUCACAAACGGAGCUGGAGUUGUGUUUGUUUCGUUCAUGUUGAAGUAAAAUCUGUGUGUCGUUCGUUCGUUCGUUUUUCAAUAUAAAACCAAAAAUAAGAAAAUGAAAAAACAACAAUUUUCUUCAUUAUUUGUCUCCAAAAACAAAAUGAAAAAAAAAACAGAUAAUGAUUCGUUUUUUCAUUUUUCGAUUUUGUGUUUAAAUGAAAAAUGGAAAAAACGGAUAAGAACCGUUUCCCGUUUAUGUGACUUCCGUGACUGUGAUGUCGACCUGAACCAGGACAGAUCCAGGUCCGGGACCAGACCGGACUCCAAGCUUUGACUCUGAGCCUCAGCCUCGAGCUCCGGCCCUGCUGUGGACUCUGAACCUGUGGUCUGGUCUUGAUCUGGUCCUGGUGUGGUCCCAGUCUGGUCUUGGUUUCAGUCCCGGUCUCAGUCCUGGUCUCAGUCCCGGGCUGGUUCCGGUCUGGUCUUGGUCUUAGUCCCGGUGUCAGUCCCGGUGUCAGUCCCGGUGUCAGUCCCGGUGUCAGUCCCGGUGUCAGUCCCGGUGUCGGUCCCGGUGUCGGUCCCGGUCUGGUCCCGGUCUGGUCCUGGUCUGGUCCCGGUCUGGUCUUGGUCUCAGUCCUGGUCUGGUCCCGGUCUGGUCUUGGUCUCAGUCCUGGUCUGGUCCCAGUCUGGCCUUGGUCUCAGUCCCGGUCUGGUCCCAGUCUGGUCCCGGUCUGGCCUUGGUCUCAGUCCCGCUCUGGUCCCAGUCUGGUCCCGAUCUGGCCUUGGUCUCAAUCCCGAUCUGGCCUUGGUUUCAGUCACGGCCUGGUCUUGGUCUCAGUCCUGGUCUCAGUCCUGGUCUGGUCCCGGUCUGGUCCCGGUCUAGUCCCGGUCUGGUCCCGGACCCGGGUCAGUCUGGCCUCACAGUCACUGAAGUCUCGUAAACGGGAAACGGUCGUUAUCUGUUUUUUUCCCAUUUUUCAUUUAAACACAAAAUCAAAAACUGAAAAAACGAAUCAUGAUCUGUUUAUUUCAUUUUGGUUUUGGAGACAAAUAAUGAAGAAAAUUGUUGUUUUUUCAUUUUCUUAUUUUUGGUUUUAUUUUGAAAAACGAAUGACACACGGAUUAAGUGAAUCUUUAUUUUUCGUUUGUUUACAUUUACAAAACUCUAAACGUUCUGUUCCACCGUGAGUUUUAAACUCCACACAGCUGCACUAGAAUCAUCUGGAUCAUUUUUUCAUUGUUGAUCUCGACUGAACUAAAGGGAAAAGGAGCUGUUCACCUGAAAACUUCAUUUCAUAUUUUUAUUGUUUCGUUCAUGUUGAAUAUAAAAUGAUUCUGUUCUACACGUCAAUGAAAUGAAGGAAAAGGAGCAGAAAGAAAAAUAAACUUGUAACAUCUGUCGCUUUUUCACACAAAAUAAAACAUUUUCAGUUUUUGUGUC